AGCAGCACCACCAGCACCACCAGCACCACCACCAGCAGCAGCACCACCAGCAGCACGCGCGCCACGCUUCACUCGCGUGCCGCGUGUCCGUGCCGAGACUUUCCUCGCCGUGGCGAUGUCGCGCGCGCGCUCCAAGUGGCUUGUUAGUGCUCGACCGCCGCCGUUUUACCUUGCUUGAGGCUUGCCUGUUUCCGAGGACUGUCCGGUUUAGGAAUAUAUUUUAUUUUGUAUUCACCUCCGAUGAGCACGGUUGGCCACGCACGGUGCGAAAGAAGUUCAGGGCACACACAUUCUUUUGUUUUGCGUGUGGCGGGGGUGGUGGUGGUGGUGAGCCGAUCGCGACCAUGCGCGCCACGAGGAGGUGCCGCUCGUCGCUGGCCCUCGUCCUCAACACGUUGGCCCUGCUGAUGGGCACCGCGGCCUUCUUCAGCAGCUACUGGUGCCAGGGCACUCAGCGAGCGGCUCCUGUGUCUGCUGCUGUUGCGGCUGCGCCUGCUGCGGCGGCGGGGGACGUCGCGAGGCGGCGGGGGUGUCGCGUGAACGGCUCGGUGGACGACUCGCCCCUCGCCUGGGAGGCGGGAGACGAGAAGUUCGUGCUCCGCUACUUCCACGCGGGGCUGUGGGUGUCGUGCGAGGAGAACGUGGUGGUUGAAGGGGAGAAGUGCCGAACCUUCAUCGACCUGGCCCCCGCCUCGGAGAAGGGCGUGCUGAUGCUGUCCAUGGUGUCGGAGACGCUGUUCGUGUCUCUGCUGUCUGUCGGCUUCCUCCUCAUGUGCCUGGAGCGGUGCAACGCGGCCAACGCGGCCAACGUGGUCACGGGCCUCAAGCUCAACGCCUUCGCGGCCGUCUUCACCGUCCUAUCCGGCCUGCUGGGAAUGGUGGCACACAUGAUGUUCACCACCGUGUUCCAGGUGACCGUGAAUCUGGGCCCGGAGGACUGGAGGCCACACAGCUGGGACUAUGGCUGGUCCUUCUGCUUUGCCUGGGGCUCCUUCACGGCGUGCAUGGCGGCCUCGGUGACGACGCUCAACAACUACACCAAGACGGUGCUGGAGUUCGGCUGCCGGCAGCGCCUCCUACGCCAGGGCUUCAGUGCCGACUCGCGCCGCCCGGGCGCGCUCACCGCCACCUCCCUCCGGCACCCCGCAGCGCCACCGCCGCCACCCCCUUUGCCCGCCCACCGCUUCGCCCCUCCGCCCGCUGCCCCCUCCUCCAACCAGCAUCAGCAGCAGCUGCAGCAGCUGCAGCAGCAACUGCCCUGGGUCCCGGCAGACCACGCGCCGAGGCCCAAUGCCAGCCGCGAGCGGCACAACGAUUUCAGCAUUGCUGCACCCGUCAAUGCGGCGGCCAUCUUGGCGUACAGGUCCGUGUACCCUCUCGCGCACAAAAACAGAGAGAUUUUGAACGAGUCCUGUGAAGCUCCGCUCUGAGUGGCGAAGCAAUUCUAGAAUACGAGGACUGGUUUCCAGCAGUCGAGUUUUGACGGUGAUUUUAGGGUCAUGCCCACACACUAUGUUUUUUGGUAGGAAACGGACACAUCAUGAAAUCAUCACUCCGAUAGCAGACUGUUAAAUUGAUUUUCUGCUACUUAAUUGCAAUUUAGCUCAGAGAUGAAAAAGGUUUGAACGUCUGUGUGUGUAAAUUGCAUGUUACCAAGCUGCAAAAGAUUAACGUUUCGCUCAAGUAUGUGCGUGGGUUCACACUGGAUUGCCAAACGUGCCGCGAUAAUUCAUAAGCGCAACAUCUGCCGAUCAAGGCUGUUGUCAGACCACUGCACGGUUGAUUGGCUGCCGUUGAACGACAAUAAAGCGACGAGUGUCGUGUUCCAGUGAACCCGCUGUGAUGGCGAGAUUGUUAUCUUCCUUGCCUGGGAUGCAGGUGGUCGCGACUUCUGUCCCGACCCAGACACCUGCUGUACUUUCCCCGUGAACGCGCGGAUUCUUCUCCGGGUCUUCCGGUUUUUCCCUCCACAUUUAGAAUAAACAUUCGUUUAAGAGUAUUUGGCUGCUAUACAUUUCCACAUAAGCCAUGUCGUUGAGCGAUCACGUGGCCAGGUUGCUUCUGAAAGCGAGCUAAUAGGUCAGUGGGCUUUACUUGGUAAAAUACAAACUGAAAUGAGUUUUAAUAGAAUACCCAGUGGUGCCCAGCUGUACUGCCUUUGCUUGCUGAUUUAUCAGCAAAUAGGAAAGAUCAUACGUGUAAAAUGUAUAUAUCUUUAACUCAACACAUUCGUCAAUAACACGGUCGCCUUAUAGAAGGAAAUAAUAUACAAGUAGGUGACAUUUUUUGCAAUGGCAGGAACGUGUCCGAUUAAGAGCCAUUGCUUGAAAAGUUGGCGGUUUUAUAUAUAUAUUUUCCUUUUAAGGCCACAGUGUUAUUGAUGAACGCGCUGAUUUUUUUGCUAAUUGGGCAUGCGGUACCACUGCCAAACACAGCAGCAUCACCAAAUAAUGUUUCAUCUCUUCAAGUAAUUUGCUUGUUCAAACGCAAAUGACAACUCGUGAUGCACCAACACCGCUGGCCUGAUUCGGGAGAAACGCCACGAGUGAAUGAUUGCCGUGACCGAACAGACAGCUGCGUGCCGAGCACCCCUGAUAGCAUUGUGUUCUAUGUUACCGAGCGUUAAGUGCGGAUGUCGUUUGAUGGGUUAUGCGUUAACGUUUGAGUUUGUUUUAAUUUUAAGUGUUAAAAUGUAAUGUUGGUGUCGUGUUUUCAAUGUUGAUGCAAAAUACUCAGCUUUAGAAAUUGGCAAUAAAAAAUAUCAAGACUUGCUUCUCAUGCCAUGAA